GUUGUAUUCAUUCAUUCUAAUCCAUCUGCUGGUUUGUGGAGUUUGGUUUGAUCUGGCAUAUCACCAGCCAUGAGUAACUGCUUCGCGAAGCCAACCUCUAGGAGCGAGGGCGAGAUCCUCCACUCGGCCAACAUCAGGAGCUUCACCUUCAAGGAGCUCAGGACAGCCACUAGGAAUUUCCGGCGGGACAGCAUCCUCGGUGAGGGCGGCUUUGGAGUGGUGUACAAAGGGUGGGUCGAGGAGAGCACCUUCGCCCCGGCCAGCAGCGACACUGGCAUGCCCGUUGCCGUUAAGAGGCUCAGCCAGAAAGGCAUCCAGGGCCACAGGGAAUGGCUGGCUGAAGUGAAUUACCUUGGCAGAUUGUCGCAUCCCAAUCUGGUGAAGCUCCUAGGCUACUGCCUCGAAGACGUGCAGCACCUACUUGUCUACGAGUUCAUGCCACAGGGAAGCUUGGAGAACCAUCUUUUCGGGAGGAGCUUAAAUUUCCACUCACUGUCAUGGAAUGUGAGGAUGAAUGUUGCUCUUGGAGCAGCUAAGGGGCUUGCGUUCCUCCACAGCGACAAGGCCAACGUCAUCUACCGCGAUUUCAAGACGUCAAAUGUUCUCCUUGAUUCGAGCUACAGCGCAAAGUUGUCUGAUUUUGGGUUGGCGAGGGAUGGGCCAAACGAUGAUGAGAGCCAUGUCUCUACAAGGGUCAUGGGCACAGAUGGAUAUGCAGCCCCUGAAUAUCUGGAUACAGGCCAUCUGACGACGAAGUGCGAUGUGUACAGUUUUGGUGUGGUGCUCCUGGAGAUCCUAUCCGGCCGGCGAGCCCUGAGCAGGAGCCGUCCGUCCAGCGAGCGCAACCUGGUGGAGUGGGCGCGGCCGUACCUGAAGAGCAAGCGACGCAUCUCCCACAUCCUGGACGCGCGGCUGGACGGGCAGUACUCCCUUGGCGGCGCGCAGAAGGCUGCUGCACUCGCGCUCCGGUGCAUCUCCAUCCACCCGAGAGUCCGGCCGGGCAUGGAGCAGGUGGUGGUGGCGCUGGAGCAGCUCGAGGACGACAAGGAGACCGUGACGAGUGGUCAGGGGAAGGCAAAUGGCGGCGGCACAUGCGGCUUCUUCAGGAUGUGUAGUGGUGGCCGGCAGCAGCAGCAGCAACCGUAGCCCGCGGUAAGGCGGCUGCACGGGUGAGCACUGAUAAAGGAUUCAUUGUAACGAGAGAUGAUUUAUUAGUGCUUCUUGCUUUUGCAAAUUCAGGGUUUUCAUUUUUCUUUUCUUUUUUGCUUCUUUGGGCACGGUGAUGACUGGUUGAGUUUCUGUUUUGAGGCAACUCCACUGUGUCGCUGGUUUCCCGGUAGAAAUGAGCUCAAAAAUAGCAUGAGAAAAUGUCUUUACUUCCAUGGAUGGAUUGAUCAAUGAUGCAUGGUAAUCAGACCUGAUGUUAAAUGGUAAUCAGUUAUGAACUGAACCACUACCGAACUGAACUGUACUAUAUUUCUAACUGUUUGGUUAUCUUGUACAUGUUUCCUCCAAGAAAUGCUGAAAUUCUACCAGCUAGAAACAUUUCUCUCAUAAUAAUUUUUCCGUUUCAAAAUUGAUAGUUAUUUACAUCCCACAGGAAAAUCAAAGGAUAAUAUUGGAGUUGCAUAACAAAUCUUGACAUAAUCCAGAAGUAAGUCAGCAGCAAGAUUUUUUUUUCCACAGACAUGGACGUUCGCAUUUGCUGCACACUAUGGAUUUGGCAUAGUCCAACAAUCAUGUUAAUUCUUUUUAGAAGAUACUCAACUCAUCUUGAAAAAAGGUUAACGUGGUGGAGUUUAAGGAACUGGGAUUGUCGUCUAUGGCUUUUGGCACUUCAUAAUUCAAAGAUAGAUUAGUAUAUCGUUAUUCUUUAAGGGUAUUUCAUACUUUCAGUUGAGUUAGAAAAUCUUAUGAUCAUUAGGGACAAUCUCUUUAAUCCUUCCUGUAACCAUGAUGGCACUUACAUGCCUUUUACUAGUUCUGUUGUUUGCCAUCCCUGGUGCUAUACUGCUAUGUAACUUGUGUUCUUGCUCUGUUAAAUCGUAGCUAUGGCUUGAUGCCUUGGUUCGAUCCUUAUGUCAUAUAGGUAGAAUCCCAAGCAUUCGUAUCAAAAUGGCCCGUGAUUGUGGAUAUUUGCAUUUUGACUGGAUUUUCACCGUGGAAUGUAUUUAUUUCUAACGAUGACCUUUCUUUUUAAGCUUGUUUUACUGCUAUGUACAUUAUGUUGAUAUAAUCGCGAGCUGGUAAAUACUCCCUCCGUUCCUAAAUAUAAGUCUUUUUAGACAUUUCAAAUAGAUUACAACAUACGGAUGUAUGUAGACAUAUUUUAGAGUGUAGAUUCACUCAUUUUGCUCCGUAUGUAGUCACUUGUUGGAAUCUCUAGAAAGACUUAUAUUUGGGAACGGAGGGAGUACAUCAUAUAUCAUUUGAGCAUAAAGAUUCAUGUGAAUGAACAUGGAGUCUAAACAGUGUGCCUUGCAGGUACUGUCACACUGUUCAUCAGCGAUCUCGGGGUACCUAGCACCACAUGUUCUAUGCAGCUUGUGCUUAUUGGUCCAACAAAUUCAGAUGUCUCAUUUUCUGAGUUUUCUUAAUGAGAAUAUUGAAUUUUGUUUUCCUUGAGCUAAUUUACACAAUUUUUAUGUACAUAAUCUUGAUCGAAACAUUAGUUUUGUUG